AUGCAGAAAUUGCAGGAGGAGGAGGAUUUCCCGUGCAGCACAGAGGAGCUGGAGCUCGUCUUUGAUGGGCUGGAUGCUGCGGGCACCGGGAGGUUAAGCACCAAGGAGUUCACUGCUGAGCUCGGACAGUUCCUGAGCUCCCAAAAAGCUGCCAGAGACCAUCGCCGGCGGAAAACGGCAUCCCGGAGGGUCCGCUUGGUCCUCCCCAGCCCAGCGUUGGAAGGGGUGGACAGUGAGGAGCAGAGACACUUUGCUGCCUUUAUGGAUCAGCUGGGCACGGAUAACAUCUCUUCAGAACAGGAGAUCUGGCAGCUCUGGGUGAAGCUCCGGCAAGAUGAACCCCAGCUCCUGGGCAACCUGGAGGACUUUCUGGCCAAGAUGAGGCAUCGCAUCCAAGAAGCCAGGAGCAAGAAGGCAGCUUUGGAGGUGACCCUGAACAAGCGUGUGGCUGAGCAUGACAAGGAGGUGCAGCAGCUCUGCGAGGCCCUGGAGCAGCAGAUCCAGCAGGAACAGCAGCGGCUGCAGCAGGAGAGCAUGGCCCGGAGCCACCAGCACGACGUGGAGCUGCAGCAAGCACUGGAUGCCAGUGAGAAGGAGGUGCAACGCUUGGUCAUGGCACAGAUGGAGCUGGAGACGCGGUGCCGCAGCCUCCGCAGCACGCAGCAAGCCACCAGCACCGAAAACAGGCAGUUGCAGGAGAGCAACCGGGUGCUGGAGGACCACCUGCAGCACCUCCACCAGCAGCUCCAGCAGACCCAAGGGCGCCUGCGAACCAUGAGGGCCACAGUGGCUUGGGAGCACAUGGAGGAGCCCCGGCACAGAGCGGUGGCAGAGCUGCCCGGCCAGAUGCCCCUGUCCCCACAGACGAGCCCGGAGAAGAGCGAGAAGCACCGCUCCGAGAUUCGGAUCAGGCUGGGGUCCCGGAGCACCGAGCCCAAAACCAAGAGCACCCACCAAGU